GGGGGGGGGGCACUUUGAACUGUUUCUUUUUUACUCACUAAUUCUAAAGAAAACUAUUUUAAAUUCUCUAUUAGGCUGUAACAUAGGAUGAAACAGUGUCACUGUAUGGUUGUGUUACUUUCGGAAAUUUAUGACUGACAUUAAACUUGUUUUCCUGGAGGAAAAAGAUGUCAAGUAAACUUGGCGCCGUGGAGUUCGUUAGAGCGGAAUUCGCCAUUUUUUGACUGAUGGGGGCAAAAAGCCGUCAAAGUGCAAGGACCGGACUCUCUAAACACGUUCAUGUCUGUGACUGAAAACAGAGUUUUGACUCGACUGUUGCAUUGCAUUAUAUUUGUCAACACAACAGUAAGCGUCUGGUGGUGGUGGUUCCCAACGAGAGCUCCUUCCCUUCGGUGCGGCGGGCCUACACCAGCGAGGACGAGGCAUGGAGGUCGUACCUGGAGAACCCGCUGACAGCCGCCACCAAGGCCAUGAUGAGCAUCAACGGGGACGAGGACAGCGCCAACGCCCUGGGCCUCCUUUACGAGUACUACAAGGUGCCUAAAGAAAAGAGGCUUCUGCCAGUUUCCAAAGCCAGUGACAUAACGGAGGAGCCGGAGAAAAGGUCUACGUUGCCAAGCAAUCCCAGCAGCCAAAGCGAGGUGGAGACAGUGGACAACCGCGUUCAGGUCCUCAAAUCCGUCCCCGUCAACCUGUCACUGAACACGGAGCAUCAGGAGACCAAACGGGAGCAGUUCAACGGCUCGACGGGGGCUGGGGGAGCAUCAGGGGAUGACGGCUCACCAGCUGUGGCUGUGGUGAAGGCCGAGAUGUACGCGCCCGUCUUCAUGACGGGAGCGGGACUUCACUAUCGGGUGGAAGGCGAAGAGUCGACGAGGGUGAUCUACGAACAGAGUCCGUACGAGGUGACCACCGUCAGCCACAGCUCGUACGUGAAAGAAGACCAGCAGAGUCCGCCUGACAGCCCAUAUGAAGAGGAGAGAGACACGGUGAGAAAGGAUGAGCAGAAGUAUCACACACCUUCCUCUCUGGCUACAGACGACUUCUUAUUUCACCAGGAGGGAGUUGACAGCUUCCAGUACACGCUGGAUGCCACUCGCUCGUUGCGUCAGAAGCAGGGUGAGGGGCCGAUGACGUACCUGAACAAAGGCCAGUUCUACGCCGUGACACUCAACGAGCUCAGUGCCAACAAACGCCUCCGUCACCCCAUCAGCAAAGUCCGGAGUGUAAUCAUGGUGGUGUUCAGCGAAGACAAGAACCGAGACGAGCAGCUCAAAUACUGGAAGUACUGGCACGCUCGGCAGCACACAGCCAAACAGAGGGUCUUAGACAUCGCUGAUUACAAGGAGAGUUUCAACACAAUCGGCAACAUUGAAGAAAUUGCCUACAACGCCAUCUCCUUCACCUGGGACGUAAAUGAAGAGGCCAAGAUCUUCAUCACAGUCAACUGUCUGAGCACAGACUUCUCCUCUCAGAAGGGAGUCAAGGGUCUCCCUCUGAUGAUCCAGAUUGACACAUACAGCUACAACAAUCGCAGCAACAAGCCGCUGCACAGGGCCUACUCACAGAUCAAGGUCUUCUGUGACAAGGGGGCAGAGAGGAAAAUAAGAGACGAGGAAAGAAAACUGUUCCGCAAGAAGUCAAAAGGGAAAGAUGGAGGCAUAGGCGUGAUGACUGUUCCCAAGAAGUCUGACACCACCUAUUUCAAGACUAUGACCGACCUGGAAGCUCAGCCUGUCCUCUUUAUCCCUGAUGUUCACUUUGGCAACCUGCAGAGGGCUGGACAGGUGUUUACCUUCAACACGGAGGAGAUCGAGAGGGAAGGGGGCGUGCUGGUGAAGAGGAUGUUCAGGCCGUCAGAUGAAGAUCUUUGUCCCUCACCUCACAAACAGAUCAAAGAGGAGAUGCACAAGAGAGUACUGUUGUACGUAAGAAAGGAGACAGACGAGGUGUUUGACGCUCUGAUGCUGAAGUCUCCCACCCUCAGAGGGCUGAUGGAUGCUAUAUCAGAGAAGUAUGGCGUGCCCACAGAGCGGAUAGCCAAAGUGUACAAGAAAAGUAAAAAAGGGAUUCUGGUUAACAUGGACGACAACAUCAUCGAGCAUUACUCCAACGAAGACACCUUCAUCCUCCACAUCGACAGCUACGCGGACUCCUACAAGAUCACGCUGACGGAGAUCUGACAGAUCGUAAUCCAGGAAAUAGAGAUGCUGUGACUGGUGGUUGGCUGAAAUCUACGAGGCUGCUAUUGAUUGGCUGUUAAGCUGACUGACAGUAUUGGAGACAGUCCAUUGGUGGCGUUGCUCUGAUGCUCUGAGGUCAACGCCGACACACCUGUUCCCUCUUUGACACUGUUACACUAUGAAGCGAGUCGUAUUUUCUGCACAGGAAGAGGACGACUCAAAAUAAAAAGAGGACACUAGAGAAAUUCACACAAACUGGUUGUAUUUACUUCCUCAUUGUAUUCACCCUCUGUGCUGUGAGGGGAAAUGCUGAGAUAUGACCCAUGUCCGCCACAGUUUUUAUUGUAUAAAAGAAUUUGUACUUUUACUUUCAUUCUGUACAGUCCUGUGUUUUUGCCAAAUAACACAUCAGGAGUAGACUCAUGAAAUGCCUGAUGUACUGUAUGUAGCCACAGCUUGAAUUAGUUGGUCCUAAGUAAUUUAGCAGCUUCUUUGCAUGCCAGCCUUUGUUUUUGUUAGAUGUGUUAUUAUUUAUUAAUGAGUUUAAUGACAAUGUUUUGCAUUUCCUAACCAAUUUAUCCAAGAAUUUCAAGUACUUUACAUUUUAGUGAUAUUUUUCUUACAGUCACCCUCUUUAAGAGUACUCAAGGAGUUUUUAAAUGGGUUACCCAUUGUUGUACUAUUCACAUGUCAGCAUAAAUAUAUUUGUAGGACCUUACUUGAGAUGGUGAUGACUUUAAAAAAAACCUGUAAACAACUUCUGAGGGGUGACAAAUGGCACUUGGCUGUUGUGUAGUUUUUAUGUGCUUGUUUUUUGUUGAAAAAAUGAAUAAAGAUAUAAACACA